AUGACCAGGCCCUUGAUUGUCAGAGCGGAUCACCACGCCCCAUCGACCCAGGAUCACUCCGCUUACCGAGGUCAUACGACUUCCCGAAACCCUUUUUCCAGCCCUCCUGUGCUGCUUGCUCCGCAUCAGGCCGAAACGCUUCGCGAGAUCGCCCACGAGACCGCCAUCGAGCAAUCCCGCAGUCCUUGGGCUGCCACCGACAAAGACAACGGCCGACCGAACGCUGGAAAUAUUGCCGACGGCAUGGACGUGUAUCAGCAGCACCAGCACCAGCAGGACUCGCUGGCCGUGGCGCAGAAUGGCGGCAUGGCCGACGACGACGACAUCGAGGAGGAUGGCGACCUCGACGACGACAUGAUGGAUCGCAUCUCGAGUUCGCCUUCUAUCGAAGAUGGUGCGUGCAGCUCUGUUGUCACUCCCGUGGCCUGGCCGCGGCGAGUGUCUUCCCUGUCCUCCAUCCCACGGACCCCCUGGACCUCACUGCACUUGCACCCUCCCUCCUCAUCUCCAGCUCCCAGCACAGCAGACACAGAUUUCCUGCAGCAGAUUCGCAUUGCCCAUCAUCAUCUUCUUUCUGGUGAGUAUGCGGAUCGUAGCGACGACGGCAACCACGAUGGCGGCAAAGGACACGUCGACGGCUAUGGAAUUGGCGACGACGCCAGUCAGCAUGUUCACGUUGUCGAGGACGAGACGUAUUUUGCAGAUUGCGACUGUGACUUUGAUUGCAACGACUGCGACCUUUGCACCCACGAGGCUGACUUCGAGACCGACAUGUCGCUUACGAUACCUUACAACAAAUCCUUUGAAGAAGAUGAUGAUUCCGACUUUUCCCUUCCUGAUGACCCACGCUUCAUUGACUAUGGUUGGGCGGCAGAGUGCUUACAUGAACCAGAGGACAUUGAUUUCGAAUUCGUUUACGCCCUUCACACCUUCGUCGCUACCGUCGAGGGCCAAGCCAAUGCAACCAAGGGCGACACCAUGGUUCUGCUAGACGAUAGCAACAGCUAUUGGUGGCUGGUGAGAGUAGUCAAGGAUAGCAGCAUUGGCUACCUGCCGGCCGAACACAUUGAGACGCCUACCGAAAGGCUCGCUCGACUAAACAAGCACAGGAACAUUGAUCUCUCCGCCUCCAUGUUGACCGACCAGCAACAAGUGCAGAAACCAAAGACGGGCUUCUCAAUUGGCAUCAAGAAAAAGGCUACGGUUGCUUUCGCAGAACCCACCUAUCACGAUUACUCUGACCACGACUAUUCCUCGGAAGAGGAAGAUCUCGACGAGAUGCUAGAAUCAACCCAACAGAAGAAGCAGCAAUCGACAUCUGAUGACGAUGCUGCAGAUGAUAGUGCCCGAGUGGAGCCGCUCAGGACCAAGGGUGCCAAACCUUCGGACCAAACUCUGGACGAGUCCUCAGACGACGAAGAUCUGCGAGGAAGCCUCGACAUUGUGGAGAAGAAGGGCCCCAGCAUAUCUCGCAACGGUAACAUCAGGAACACCGACUCUUUCUUUAAGGACGAAACAGCCGAGACCAAAAAGAUCACCCUCACGCCUAACCUGCUGCGGGAUGACGCCCCUCGGGAGUCCACCGACUCUAUCCAGGGCAAGUCCCGGACGAGCUUGGACAGGCUCGAAAAGGAGCUCAUGUCCGACAAGGAUAGGAAGAAGAGCAAGGACAAGAAGGACAAGGACAAGGACAAAAAGCCUGGUGGUCUCCGAGGCUUCUUCUCGAGAAAAGACAAGAAGAGGUCGCCCGACGACGACGGCCCCGAGGGAGAGCCCCGCGAUAGUGAGGAGCGCCACUCAGAGGAGCAUUCAUCUCCCGAGAAGACCAGGCAGCCGGCCAAACUGCACAAGCCUCAAGCCCGGAUCGAGCCAACUGUCAGUAACCCGGCACCCCAGGCUUCGACUGUGGAGCUUGCCUCGUACUUGGCUGAAAGCCGCAUCAACGAUGUCUCCAAUGUUCCUCCGCCCUCGAUGCGCAUUGUCAACCCCGAGACGAACGAGACGCACGAGGUCCCAUCACACCAGCCCCCUCGUGGCCGCCCAUCUCUGGACCAACCGCUUUCUCCCACCUCCCGCCGUGGCGAGGUGGUUACCAGCCCCAGAUCGGCCGCCGCACCGCGUGCACUCAACCACUUGGAUCUAUCCGAUUCGGAUGAAUCAGACGAUGGCGAAAAUAUUCUGGAUCAGAUGCCUCACCCCAAGACGUCUAAGCCCAUGGCCACCAAGGCAUAUCAAGAGGAAGAGGUGGAAGAGCCCAUCAUCCCGGGUUCUUUCCCCGAUACCAAUCCAUUUUCUCCCAACUACAGACCCUCCCCCUCACCGCAACCCCCAGUCAAGUCAGAUGCUCGCUCGCCCGCGGAAGCAUCUCCCAUGUCUCCGGUUGCAGAGCCACCUGCUCUCAUGGUAGACACUUCGUCUCCAGAGGACCGCUCACCUUCCGUAUCACCCUCUCCUGAGCUUACUCAGUCUGUCGAGGAUAGAUCCAAGAGCAGCUCCUCUUCCACGGGAAGCAAGGAGCCGGCUUGGGACGAUAUGAAGCUGCGUGCGUUCUUCGAUGAGCCCGAGCAUAUCCGCGAUCUCUUGGUCGUGGUGUACGACAAGACCGAUGUGGUGCCCGCGAGCAGCGAUCAUCCUGUAGUGGGUGGUCUCUUCCGGGAGCAGAAUGCCAAGUUGGCAGAGAUAACAACGCAACUUGACAACAUGCUUGGAGAUUGGUUGGCAAGGAAACAACGCACUCGAGGAUCCCACUGA